CGUUCUCUCUCGGCUGCUCCGGCCCGCCAUCCGCCAUCUUACCGCCCGCUAACCGCCAUCUUCUCUCAUUCCAGGUCUCUGCGUCGCCAUGGGCCGCCGACCCGCCCGCUGCUACAGAUACUGUAAGAACAAGCCAUACCCGAAAUCUCGCUUCUGUAGGGGUGUUCCAGAUGCCAAAAUCAGGAUCUUUGACUUGGGACGAAAGAAGGCAAAAGUGGAUGAGUUCCCGUUGUGUGGACACAUGGUCUCUGACGAAUAUGAACAGCUGUCAUCAGAAGCUCUUGAAGCGGCCCGUAUUUGUGCCAACAAAUACAUGGUGAAGAGUUGUGGUAAAGAUGGCUUCCACAUUAGAGUGCGUCUGCAUCCCUUCCAUGUCAUCCGCAUCAACAAGAUGUUAUCCUGUGCCGGUGCUGAUAGACUUCAGACCGGGAUGCGUGGUGCCUUUGGAAAGCCCCAGGGCACAGUGGCACGAGUGAACAUUGGCCAGGUGAUCAUGUCUAUUCGCACCAAAACACAGAAUAAAGAACAUGUUGUUGAAGCUCUGCGAAGGGCAAAGUUCAAAUUCCCUGGGAGGCAGAAGAUCCAUAUCUCUAAGAAAUGGGGAUUUACAAAGUUCAACGCUGACGAGUUUGAGGCCAUGGUAGCAGAAAAGCGGCUCGUUCCAGAUGGUUGUGGAGUUAAAUAUAUGCCAAACAGCGGCCCUCUGGAUAAAUGGCGGGCAUUGCAUGCUGCAUGAAGCUGCUUUAAACCAUGGAAUAAACACUUAAAGGAUAUUGAGAUCUUUUACCAAUAAAUCUCUAUCUACAAGC